UGAGAGCCAAAGAAGCGCAUCACAGCAUUUGUCUUAGUGUGGAAGUAACAGAUGCAAAAUGAAUUUGAAGAGCUUUGUGUUCCAAGCUGUGUGGAUUCUCCUUAUUUUACCAUCUUUCAGUGCAGAAAAUCUGUGCAAAAGUGAACUUUUAAUAAGCAUUAACAUUUCUGCUGAGCUCCAGUCUGACGUCCUGCUGCCGUGUAACUUUAAUCCAAAUCUCCUCGGAUCAAAUAAGACUGCAGAUAUAGCAGUAGUGUGGAGUCAGAGGAACACAACAAUACACAAUCUAGUGGAGAUCACUCUACAGGGAGUAGCGAAGUUCUGGAACUAUAAAGGUGGACGUAUCAAGACAUUUCCUAAGCUCUCUGAAUCAGGAAACUUCUCCAUUCUCCUUCAGAAAGUGCAGCCGUAUGAUCUGAGUCUCUACCACUGUGAGCUGUUUAAUGGGAGCAACUGCAGGAUUGCUUAUCAGGAGCUACAGCUACAGCUAAGCCAUGAAAACUAUCAGUCCUCACUCCUAUUGUGGAGCAUAACAGGAGCAUUAGCAGGAGGAAUUGUGCUGCUUGCUGUAUUCACAACCUAUUUGUUACAUGCAAAACGCAGACAAAAUAUCAUUGUUAUCGAGACUGACUAUGAAAAUGUUGUGGGCGCAACAGCAGACUCAGACAAAGGAAGCAGACAAAAUAUCAUUGUUAUCGAGACUGACUAUGAAAAUGUUGUGGGCGCAAAAGAACACUCAGACAAAGGAAGUAAAUCAAUUGAGAAUCCAAUAUAUGAAACUGUCAGCCAGAAUCAAACUUCCUGUCAGCCAGAAUCAAACUGUGCAAGAGAAGAGGAAGGGCUUUCAUCUGGUACUCCAGUGUAUGCCACUGUCAAGAAAGGAAAAAUAGUUAAUAGCACAUAAAUGAAUCCAUACACAUAGUGUGACGUUUUAUAGGAUAACUUUUUUUUUUUUUAAUUCACCUUUUGUUGAAUCAAAAAAGUUUUGAUAACAUACACUGAUCAGCUAUAACAUUAAAACCGCUGAGAAGUGAAGUGAAUAAAAUUUAUUAUCUUGUUACAGUGGCACGUGUCAAGGGGUGGUAUAUAUUAGGCAGCAAGUGAACAGUCAGUUCUCGAGUUGAUGUGUUGGAAGCAGGAAAAAUUUUGACAAGGGCCAAAUUGUGAUGGCUAGAUGACUGGGUCAGAGCAUCUCCAAAAAGGCAGGUCUUCUGGGGUGGUCCAAGGAAGGACAACUGGUGAACUGGUCCAAGGAAGGACAACUGGUGAACUGGUCUAAGGAUGGACAACUGGUGAACUGGUCCAAGGAAGGACAACUGGUGAACUGGUCUAAGGAUGGACAACUGGUGAACUGGUCCAAGGAAGGACAACUGGUGAACUGGUCCAAGGAUGGACAACUGGUGAACUGGUCUAAGGAUGGACAACUGGUGAACUGGUGACAUGGUUAUGGCUGCCCAAGGCUCACUGAUACACGUGGGGAGUGAAAGCUACCCCUUCUGGUCCGAUCCCACAGAUGAGCUGCCAUAGCACAAUAUGCUGAAAAAGUUAAUGCUGGCUAUGAUAGAAAGGUGUCAGAACACACAAUGCAUUGCAUCUUGCUGCAUAUGGGGUUGCAUAGCCACAGACCGGUCAGAGUGCCCAUUCUGACCCCUGUCCACCACCGAAAGUACCUACAAUGGACAUGUGAGCAUCAGAAAUGGACCAUGGAGCAAUUAAAGAAGGUGGCCUGGUCUGAUGAAUCAUGUUUCUUUUACAUCAUAUUGACAGCCAGGUACGUGUGCCUAGUUUACCUGAGGAAGAGAUAGCACCAGGAUGCACUGUGGGAAGAAGGCAAGCUGGCAGAGGCAGUGUGAUGCCCUGGCCAAUGUUCUGCUGGGAAACCUUGGGUCCUGGCAUUCAUGUGGAUAUUACUUUGACACGUACCACCUACCUAAACAUUGUUGCAGACCAAGUACACUCCUUCAUGGAAAUGGUAUUCCCUAGCAGCAGUGGCCUCUGUCAGCAGGAUAAUGCACCCUGCCACACUGCAAUAAUUGUUCAGGAAUGGUUUGAGAAACAUGACAAGGUGUUGACCUGGCCUCCAAAUUCCCCAGAUCUCAAACAAAUCAAGCAUCUGUGGAGAUGCAAACCAACACCAAACACAAAUCCAUGGAGGCCCCACCUCACAACUCACAGGACUUAAAGGGUCUGCUGCUAAUGUCUUGUUGCUAGAUACCACAGCACACCUUCAGAGGUCUUGCGGAGUUCAUGCCUCGACAGGUCAGAGCUGUUUUGUUGGCACAAGGAGACCCUACUCAAUAUUAGGCAGGUGGAUUUAAUGUUAUGGCUGAUUGGUGUAUGUACUGAAACUGAAAAUAUAGUUUGUUAGUAUGCCCCAUGUCAUUCUUAUUAUGCUAUCGAUGAGACAUUGUGAUAUAAUGCACAGCUUAAUCUUAAUAGUUUCACUGUCGAAUUAUUGAUCGAUAUUAGAUUUUAGCCCUUCAUCUAAUACCAUGACAAGCCGUUAUUGGGUGAUGCAUAUUUGCGCUUUUGACCCUUCGACAGGGGUCACUGGUUCUCACUCAUUUUGUUGUUUUGGUGUGAAACAUGGUACUGACAUUAGACUGUACAACUACGCACUUGUGUAAUAUCUCACGUUGCCUAGCUAGAUGCUUUUAAUAAUUUCUAAGAACCUCAUAUACAAAUAAUAGUUUAGUUUUCCUAUUCAUUUGGAUUUUAUUGUUUUGGGCUUACACACAUGAAACUGUCUUUCUCCUACCUAAAAAAAGUGUCAAAUAAAGUGGUGCUGUUGCUUAUUUUUUAUUUUACAGCCUGGCCCUCUUAGUUGUCUUAUUAGUAUGUAAGGCAUUGUCCUACCACAAGCUGCUAUGCCACAGUUCCUUCCUUCUUUUUUUCUUCUUCUUUUUUUUGCACAUGCUAGUGUGUUAGAAGAGGUGUAAGAAACUUUACAGAGGAAAGCAAAUUCUAUAAUUAACCUUCCCGCCCACACACAUGUGCACACACACACAAGUACACUCGCGCACCCACAUACACAUUUAAUUAAUUUAUCUAAUUGCUUAUCUAUGUAUUUUCAUUUUUCUGUAGAGUUUAAAUUCACACUAACAGGCAUAAGAUGUAACACUCAAGUCCUAUAACAUCAAACAUAGUGAAAGUGAUUUUGCAGUAAUUCAGUGAUAUCUGAAACUAUAUGGGUUUAUGAUUGUGUAGUGACAAUCGCACACCUACCCACGUGGCAGUAACUUCCUGUGCCUCAACGCUAGUGUCAUGCCUCAACACAAACCUGAGAACUGAUUUGAACAAUUUAUAGGUUUUCUUUUUUUUGGGAACUGACAGAGCAGACACAUUCACCCAUAUGACAUGAAGGAAGAUCAUUGUAGCGUGACUGGAUCUUCAGAGAACACCUCCAAAAACAGUUUUAUAUGCUUCAAAAGCUGAAAAUGAAACAGGGAAAGGAUAGUGUGAAAUGAUAAAUGUGAAAAACAGGUCACCCACUUGGCUUGAAAGCAGUUCCUGUUUUUUUUUUUUUUUCCUGUUUGUUGGAAAGUUCUUUUAAGUUCUCUUUCUCUCUCUCUCUCUUCCUAUGGUUGGAGACUCUGAUUUAUACCUUAAACAUGAACCUGGUGAUACUCUACAAUUCAGACUAUAUUAAUUUACUUAUCUGUUGAUGUGAUUGUGUCCCUUUUAAUUCUGCACCCAAGGUGGUGGUUUUCUGCUUUUCAAUCACAUUAUUUCUUAAACAAUAAGCUGUCUUUUUCUUUCUUUUUGUGGAGCAGUAUCUUUGUAGAAUCAGUUUAGUAGAUCAAUAACACAUCAGUAACUCAUCUUAAGUCUGUUCAUAUGCUUUUAAAUAAAAGUUACAUUCUGAAUGCACAAAAGGAGUGAGCAUACAUUUACCGCCCACAUACCCGUACACCUUCUGAUUCUGUGGCAUGGUUGUGGUACCAGAUGGGCUGGUUUGAGUUUUUCAGAAAGCCACAUCCGGUUUCCACUCCUGUAAGCCAAGAAGAGGAAUCUGAGGAUACAGUGGACACAGGAUUACUGAAACUGGGCAGUUGAAUAUUGGAAAACCAGACAACAUUACCUACAAUACAGAUUACCAAAAAAGUGCCAAAUGUAUGUUUCUAAAUUAUAUACAGUAUAUAUUAUAUGUAUGUAUAUAUGGAUAUGGAUAUAUGUUGUGAAUGGAUAUGGAUAUGGAUAUGGAUAAACGGAUAUAUGUUGUGAAUCUAUACAAAAUAGCCCACAAUAUUAAAAUUGGUGGAAAAAGUCCAAAUAGUUUGCCAAAGUAUUUACAAAUAAAAACAUAAAACAUUGUGAUUGCAUAAUUAUUCACGCCCCUUACAAUGAAACCCUAAAUUAGUUCUUUUG